CGGCAAAAAGCCCGUUCAGAGUCUUUUGUGGUUUACAAAUUACAAUUUACGCGGCUAGCACUGGCUACUGAACUUGGGAGUGCCAAUCACUACUCAACGAAUUAACUCUAAUUGCUCAUCAUCUCCGACGAAAGAAGGUUCUCCAUCGAAGCCCUUAACAUCUAUUUCUCUUUGCAGAAAUAUGUAUCUCAAAGUGCAGUUGCCUUGGAAUGUUAUAAUCCCUGCCGAGCACCUGGAUGUUAAAGGACUGAUGCUCCAGAGGUCAAUUAUUGUCCGCUUGUUAGAAGAUUUUGCUAGUAAAAAAGCUACUAAAGAUUUGGGAUAUUUGCUUGCUGUCACCACUUUGGAGAACAUAGGUGAGGGAAAAGUGAGGCAGCACACUGGAGAUGUGCUAUUUCCUGUUGUAUUUAGUGGCAUCACCUUCAAGAUUUUCAGGGGAGAGAUUCUGGAAGGGGUUGUUCACAAGGUGCUUAAGCAUGGUGUUUUCAUGAGAUGUGGACCAAUUGAACAUAUAUAUCUCUCUUAUAUGAAAAUGCCAGAUUACCACUAUGUGCCAGGGGAAAAUCCAGUCUUCCUGAACGAGAAGAUGUCAAAGAUUGAAAAAGAUGCAGUGGUUAGAUUCAUCGUUAUUGGAACAAAGUGGCUAGAGGCAGAAAGGGAGUUUCAGGCGUUAGUCAGCUUGGAGGGUGACUAUCUUGGACCAGUGUCCUAGAGGCCUGCCUUCUACUUUGUUGGAGAUGCAUGUAAAUCUUCUAAAUUUGUCGGAUUAAACUUAGCUCGCCGGAAGCAUCCUAGUUUCUUUUGGAGCAAUAGGGCUGGGGGCCUUAGCUCCUAGUCAUUGUAUCUCUUGCUACCUUUUGAGUUACUGUAACUGUACUGAUCUAAUUUUGGUGGGUGCUAGCGGCAUGAUAGCUAUACUAUUCUAAUUGUAUUAGUUUA